AUGGAUGCAAGUGGAAGAAAGGGAAGAAUAAAAUGGACAACCACCAUUAUUGUCAGCUCAUCUCUUAAGACUUACGAAAUUGCAACUGCCCUAGAGAAUCGAAGCCACAAGGUUCGUUAUUCAGAUACAUUGGAAAGAGGAUCGAUUGUAUUCUCUCUCUCUGGAGCUGCAUUUUUAUUGAUGGAUGCUAAAGAAUGUCUGAUGUCAGCUGAGGAAAUAUUUCUAACCAAAAUUGACAAGUUCAUUAGCAUUCACCAGAAUAGUUUUUUGGUUCUGUUUGCCCCACUCCAUGGGCCUGAAGAAUGGAAUCUCAUGUUCAGGAUUCAGCAGAGAUUCUUAGGCAGUAACUUACGAAUACUUCCUGUACACAACACAGUAAAUGCUAUUGACCUUAUGUGCACUAUUGCUAAGACUACCUCCAAACCAACCAUAGACAGCAUCUGCUACAGAAUGAUAACAACCAAAGCUUACAUCAUAGAGCAAAGCCCUGUUUGGAGGACACUUCAAAAGAUAAAACUCAGUACUGAUUCAGUUAGUCCAGACUCAGAGUGCUGACCAUAAGUGUUCUUUUAGAAAACUAUCAAAAUAAUUAAACUUAUUAAAUUAUAAUG